UACAUACAUAAACAUAUGUAUAUAGCUAUAAUAGCCGAAACCAAAGGUUACAAGCAACUAUUUAUUGUUUGUUUAUUUCUGCCACUUAAAACGCUUUGCGUUCUAAAAUAGUUGUCUUUCCAAAAAUAAGACUGGUUAAAGCAACAGACAAAACAACAACAAUAACAGCUUAGCACACUCCAUUGUUUUGUUAUGCUUUGCGUACUCUUCGGUUUACCAACGAAUUGUUAAAGGACUCGAUACAAACGAAACAGUUUGUUUACAUUGACUUUAUGAGCAAUAAUCAAGUUGAAGCUUUAUUGGCGGGAGUGUAAUUCGUGGUAGUAAUUGAGUCGUUCAGCUCUCUUUCUCUUCAAUUUGCUACUCACAUUUAUACGUAUCAACAAGCAGAACGUAUUGCGCAUAUACAGACAUAAACGGACUGGCGACAGUUGAAAGGAUAUUCAAUCAGUUUUCUAUGGUUCACAGUACUGGGCGAACGGCAGUAGUGAAAUAAACCAUUUAGGAAUAGUACAAGAAUUUAUAAAAAUAAGUGCGGGAGUGCUGGUUAUUAAAUUAGCUUCGAAUGAAAUUAAGUCCAUGAGGAAAGUAAAUUACAAAUGCAAUUGCUUAUUAAAGUUCCUUGUAAAAUUUCCAUUUUCUUUGAGUGAAAGGAAUUUUAAAUGAUUCAACAUGCUGCAGUAAAGUUGGUUCCCUUGCACAAAGACAUUAUCCCUAAGCAGUCCAGAGGAAAAGGAAGUACACAAUCAGUUCAUGGUCAGUUCGCAUAAGGAAAACAUGGCCGCAGAGAAUUAUCAUUUGAAAUGGGACUCACAUUUGUCCUAUUUGAAUUCGUCUGUUGCCACACUUUACAAAAAUGAGAAGUUCGCAGAUGUAGUCCUCUACAGCUCCAGUAGCAGCGCUGCCAGCGGAAAUAGCCCGGAGGUUGGCAUACCUACUGUAGGUAUUUCAGCGCACAAAUUUAUACUAAGCUCCUGUAGUCAGUUUUUUGCAACGAUGUUCGAGACCGCACCGAUCGCCUCGCCUAAUGCUAUACUCUACGUAGUGCUUCCGCCGGAACUGAGCCAUCGCGCCAUACAAAUUCUUGUACAGUAUAUGUACAGUGGUGAGGCGACAGUGGCCAAUGAUAUACUUAAUGAGGUUUUACGUGGCGGUGAAAUAUUGAAAAUUCGUGGUUUAUGUCGCACUUCUUCAGCCUCAUCUAGUGCGCACAAUACAUCAACAAGGGUGACCGAAACGCUUCUAACUAAUGGUGUUAGUGGUGGUAUUGGCUCACAUUACAUACAAAGUGCAGGCAAUCGUCAACCAACUAUGACAUCCAUUACCCAUACGCAUAUUCAACCUAGUGCACAUGCCGGUGAUAUGUAUGUCGUUAACAAAUGCCCAAACGGUGGUGGCACCAGUUGUGGACCACGUUAUGCCGUGGAACACUUACAACAGUCUGCAGCGCCCCAGCCAACGUCUACUCAACAUGCACAACCACAUCAAAUACAACACAAUCAACAUCAGUUUCGUGGUUUAGGUGCUUCCGUACUACCCAAAGAUAGCCCUGUUAUCGUCAAAUCACCGAAACUUUCACAGCUUGGUCUGUUAUCGGUCGCUACGUCGAGUAGUAAACAUCACGCGGGUGGCGGUAUAUCAGUAAAUAAGGAAGUCGCCAUAGAUCCUGAUGAUAAAUGCUGCUACCAACUGAAUCAACUGCAUGUAACAAAUUCUGUGUGCAACGAAAUGGGCUGCUCCGGUGGUUGUCCCAUGACAAUGGAGGAUGAACAGUUGAGACGACGACAACGAAAUCAAAAUGAUGAAACUUUACGUACAACUGUAGUGGAGCAGCAGUUGGAGCGAGAAUACACAGAGCGAUCGCGUCCACCACCCGAUGAACACCGCGAUGAUAUCGACAUGUCGAAUUAUGAUAGACAUAUGCGACGUGGAAGUGGUGGUAGUGCCGGUGAACGCAUUCGCGACUACUUCCUACCGGAAUCCUACGAGCACACUAGCUCCACAUCUGCAAAAAGUAAUAAUCAAUUCACAGAACAAAUUAGCGGUAGAAUGACCAACUCUUCGCCAAUGUCACAUUCACAAAAUUUUCUCACCAUAAAACAAGAACCUACCGACUGGACCACAACCGCUUCCGCAGCAGAUAGUGCACACAGCGAUUUAACGAAUCGUCCCAAAACGCCAUUACGUUCUCCUAAACAACCGUUAGAUUUUAAAAUGCCACCCGGAACAACUGUCAAACUCGAGGUAGGCGUACAUGCACACAGCCCACAAAGCGAACAGGAUAUGAAUGCACAAGACGCGAUUGACUAUGAUACACGUUUGGCUUGCGACACAUGCAAGCAAUCCUUUGACGAACCGAAAUCAUGGGUACGUCAUUUGGAGUCUCAUACAACAGCAGCAGCAACUACAGACAGAGUAAGUGUAAAUAUGGCAUGUGGUACAACGAAUAACGGCGGUGUUGGUGGCGGUGAGAAUGCCGGUUCCAGCAUUACCAAUGGCGCUGAUGCGUUAAUUAAAGCCUAUGUGCCGAAGAAGCGUCGUAGGGUAUCGCAGCAGGAGAAUAAUGCCGGACAUGUUACACUUUGCUGUGACUUGUGCUCUAUAUCCUUUGAAACUCCGGCAGAUUGGGUGCGCCAUCUAAGCAACGAACACACAGAAAUAGAGCUGGCCAUGUUCAACAGCAAAAAAGAUAAUGAACAGAAAAGUUCUGGCAGCAGCAACAACAACAACAACCACCACCACCAUAAUACACAGCAAAUGCACCUAAAACGUUACACCCAUCGCUCAACGUAUGACCACCAGCACCAACAACCCGCCAAUGAAGCACAAUCAAUUGCAGUCUCCACUGCUGCACCAUCCACUUCAAGCUUUUCGGAGCGCGCCGAGGUUUGCAGUAAAAAGUUUUCCACGCACAAUAGUAGUUUAAUGGCGCACAAGCGCAAUCACAAUGGGGCAACAACAACAGCAGCAGCAGCAGCAGCAGCACUAAACGGUGUUAGUGUGAGUGUGAGCACAAGUGUUGCACCAUCUUCGUUGGCAGCGGCGGCAACGGAUGGAGAUGUGAGCGUGAUAAGCAGUGUGGCCAGUAGUUUAACGAAUGAACAAAUAAGCACCUCAUCGCAAGCUUGAUACAGCCGUAGAUACCGUAAGGAUGCACAAAACGCUUGAAAUGGCCACCACCGCAGCAAGCAAGUGGAGUGAGAAUUGUUACUUAAGUCGUUCCAAAUCUACAUACAACAAAAAAAAAAGAAAAAAAAAACUAAUGAGGAAAUCAUAAAUCCAAACUAUUUUAAUCAAAAUUUUUACAAAUUCCUGCAUACAUACAUACAUAUGUACAUAUGUAUGUAUAU